AUGGCUGAGGAUGACAGCGAGUGGGUUAUUGAGAGCAUCGUAGGAUACCUAGGAAGCCCUGAGUGGGUCAUACCUGUCACGGACUUUAUGGAAAACAAAUGCACAGGUAAAGCAGGCCGUGUUCAGCCGUGAACUACUGGCUAUACUAAACUCUCCCUGAAGAUCUGAACAGUGAGCGCUGUGGCUAAGCUAGCUGUAAAAGCUAACUUGUGGCUGCUGUGUUAUUGUUGACCUAGAUUUAUUUGUAGUGAAACAUUUACAGCCUAGAAACACUUUAUAUGCCUUUUUUGGGAGUGAAUCAGAAUUUCUCAAUAUUUUCGUCGUGGUAUCGCAUCAUAGGUUACCUUAAAGGAAGCGAGUCAUAGUAUGGUGAAGUAUUGGAAAGUUUUUAUACUUUGCUAAGUAGUAACUUUAGCUACACAGGAGAUCAUGGACUCUCUGUGCAGUUAACUCUCCAAAUAGAUGUAUUAAAAAGUCUAAUGAAGGUAAAUGGACAGAAACAGGGAGUAUAAGUGGUGUUUUUGAAACGUGUAAUGACCAUGCUGUAUGAAUAACUUCUACAUAUUUUUGUCCUUUUUCAGUUUUUGAUGAUGAAGAUGAAAAUAAGUUGUCAUACACAGAAAUCCAUGCACAGUAUAAAAAACUGGUGAGUACAGACAGUCUUUGGCCCUGUAGUGUCAAACUCAUACCUAAGAGGUGCAUUUACCUCAUCAACAUUACUCAUUACUGGCUGCAUAUUGCUGACUCAUCAAAUAGAUCUGAUGUAAGCUGCUUUUCUUCUGCAGGUGGAGAAGCUGUUAGAUAAUUACAUGCAGGAGGUAGGCAUCAACGAGCAACAGUUUCUGGAUGCAUGCACCUCUCCUUUUGCCAAGUCUAAAACACUGCAGGUACUUAAAGCUUCUUGUUAAUACAACACUGUCAGUCAUCAACUUAACCUGAAUAGAGAAUCGGGGUUGGGAUUUACUUACAUACCUGCAGUUGUAUUGCUUUCUUAAUUGUUGACAAAGAUGGUUUGUCUCAUUCACUUCUUUUAAGUGAUAUCCAUGUUUUCAGAUAAAUUAAUAUGAUAAAAAUCAGUUUUUAAACUAUCAUAUUUGUCUUUGAGUCAUAACUAUGAUAAGAUGGAUCCCAACAGUGAAUUGAAUAUUCAGCAUGUUACACACAGAGCUCUUUUUUCUGCUUGAAAGCAACCAAGUAACAGAAUUUUUAGCUGCAAAUGUUUAUUAGCACCCUAAAUACGUGCACGUUAAAAAUACCCCUAUGCUUGAACUACUUCUGAGUAUUGUAAUGAAUCAGUGUCAAAUCUGUAAAGGUAUGUUAUAAUUCACUUACAUUAAUGAGAAUCAAGGCAGGGAUUAAGUCAUAAGAGCAGAAGAAGAUUGUCAAUAACCUCAACCUCUCAUGGUGGGUAUAAAUUGUUAAACCUGCUGUUGCCCUGAGAUUAACUUAUCUUUGUCAGUGUUUUGUAAGCUGUCAGACAUUAAACAAAAGUGGAGUCCUGUUAAAUAAAACCGCCAUGGAGAAGGUUUCGUGGUUCUAGUAUAGUAUCCUGCUUUGUAACUCUUCUCACGGGUUGUGUGUGACAACAACCUGCCAAAUUGCGUGAGGUUUUAGACAUGGAUACUAAAGGUUAAUUAAGGAUUUCAGGAUAAAAUUAGUUACAGUUUAAAAUAUUACAGUCUAUCAGUAGAUUUCUUUGGCAUGGAUCAUGAGGUGUUAUGUGGCUGUGCCACGUUGGAACCAAAAGGAGAUCCGGAUUUCAUCACAGUCCACAAGAGACUUAGACCUUAUUAAUCACCAAAUGAAGUAGUAGCAGUAGUGAAAUCGUGUGUAGCUUCUGUCAUGAGAUUGAGGGUCUUGUUGACAUUAUUGUACAAAUUUUGAAUAGACUGGAAUUAAAAGAGUUUACGUCUGUUCUGAGGAGGAUCCAGACUUUUUACACUGGGUUGCUCAGCUGUUGCUCCCACAUAUGCAGGGGCUGACAUGAACCAUGAAUGAGUAACACUUAAAUAUUCAAUACUAAAUUCAUACCAAUUUUUUUUAAUUUACAUAACUUUAAAACAUUUUAAAGGUACUAUUUAACUGUGUGUACAAAUACUUUCUUUGAUAAGUAUCAUACCAGAGUAGCAACAUUUAAAGCGGCUAAGCUCAAUUAUUCAGUGUCUAAAAUAGACAUCAUGUGGGUUUGGUGUUGCACCUUGGAUGCCAUCAGUUUUCCUGGGAGGUGUCACUCCUGGCCACCUCCUGGAUCUACCCCUGGCUCUGUACUUAUAUAGAAUUUGCUAAUACUACACGACUAUCGUUUAGAGUUGCCUUCACAGCCUCGAGAAAAAAAAGGAAGUACUUAAGCUGGCAGUGCUUGCUUGGGUAACAGCAAACUAUGGCAUAUCGAUCAUACACCUCUAAAAAUAUUGUUUAAAAGCUUUUUUUCAUUGGUGCCAAGUCAAACAGAUGCCAACCAAAACAUUUUCUGCCACACCCACACAGUCCUGGAAAAAAAGUCUGAACUGCAGUAUCACUUCUUUGAGCUUAGUUUACUUUUGCUCUAUUUGUUCGGUUGCUUAUUGAAACUUUUCACUUUGAUUUAUUCCUUAUAUCUUUCCUCCUAUUUUGAUCCAGGUUUCCAGAGGCUUUAAUCUCUGCAAAAUCCUCUGACUCACAUAUUAUCAUGCACAAAAGUAGGACAUGGUAGAAGCUUUUACUUUGUUGUACCAUUAGGACACUUUGUAUUUAAAAUUCAAAACAGUCUCAUCUGGUUAUUUUCAACGGAAGUGACCAGGCUUUGUUUUGAGAAGUAUUGUGUUUAAAUUCUUUCUUUGACUUAGGUGGUUUAUUUGAGAUCGCAUUGAGACAUUUACAGAAAAGGCAGUGAUAAAGAGAAUUCAAUGUUGUUUUACUCUUGGUACUCUGAGUAGUUUUCAUUCAUGAUGCCAGGAGGUUCACAAUUGCCGGGCUUUGUCUGGUUUGGUUAUGUAACAAGCUUUAUAUUUUGAUAGAAGAGCCUUUGUUUGCUUCUUUUUCUUUUACUUUUGUCCAAAGAAACGUACAGUACUUCACAAUUCUAUUUACCAUUAUGAUUAUGUGAUCAACAGACUUUUAAAAAACUUAUUUAAAGAAUAUGAACAUGUGAACAGGAAAAGUCCUAUAUCAGUGUACUAUAUAUACACUGUAGGAAUCUGCUGAGCAAUGAGACUAAGAAGCUGGUGACACGGUUGUAGUCGGAACACUUAACGUGUAUUAAAGGUUAGGCACAAAGAUUUGCCCAGCAUUAGCCUAGAUGUUUCACAGACCUUUGACAACAGACAGGAAGCUGAUAUGAAAAGUGAGGCCUGAGUGCUGGACUGUUCACAAACAGGUCUUAUAGCUAUAUAGGUCAGUUUUUCUCUUUCUUUUCUACAACCAUAAAGAUCCAUCCUGGGACCAGCUCAACUCUAACCUGAACAUGUUCCCUCUUGGAAACACUACAUGAAUAAUGGCAUCUUACCUCACCAUUCUUGAGACCUCACUUAGUAGCAGAGUGGGGACAGAAUACCCCGGGUACUAAAAAAAUAUGUAGUACUUAAAUAUUCUUGUUUGAUGUUGCAGAAGAUUCUCCACCUCUUACUUUGUUGUACAGUAUUAGCAUUCGUUCACAACCCGUCUGUGGAUAUAUAUAUCAUUAAUCUCUUGUUGUUGCUCUUUUGUGUUCAAGUCUGUGUUCCAGCCAGUCCUGGCUACAGAUGACUUCCAGAUGUUUCGCUCACUGAUGGUACAGAAGAACAUGGAGCUACAGCUUCAAGCCCUCAGGGUCAUCAAAGAAAGAAAUGGUAUGCACACAUACAUACAAGCAAGACACAUUCACAAACCAAAAUACUACUGAUGUAACAGCAAGUCCAGUUACACGCCUGUGUGUGUGUUUGUACAGGGGCACUCCCAGAGUGUCUGACGGAUGGUGUGGAUGUGAUGGCAGAGCUGCAGGAACAAGAGAUGAAAAUCUUGCAGGAGGUUCUCAAGUAAGUCAUGUACUCUCUCUCGCUCUCUCUCUCUCUGUCCUUCUUUGACUCUGUUAUUAACUGUCUUUUAACUUGAUGGUGGUCUUUUUAAACAAAAUGUUUAUUUACAUUUUUUACAAAUAAAAUAAUCCAUUUCAGUUAGAUCUGCGUUUAUUCCAUGUUAUACCGUUCUCAUAUUACCAGAUUUUCUCUGUGUACACAUUGGCUAUCUGUGUCCAGCUUUCUAGAAGCUCUUGCCCCGGCUCCCUAAUGAGAUUUUGCUGGCAGCCUGGCCAAGUAGAACACACUGAGUCGAAUGGGACUGCAGUUAAGCUCCUUAGGGUUCAGCUAAUUUAGGUUGGAGGGAUUGACACUAAACAAGCAACUGAGAAAAAAAGUAUUUCAUCCCCUUUGUCUUACCAGGGUACGCUGGCUGCUAAUCAGCACUGUACUCCUCCGUAUUUCCUCUUUUCACGAUACAGUACAGUGACAUUACAUGGCUGCAAGCUUAAAGAACUUAAAGCAGAUAAUGUGUAGGUAAUAAAUUCAAAAUUAGUCAUUUUAUUGGUUGGGUGCAGUUUUAUUUUACAAGCAGUUUUUGUUGUUGAUGAAAGAUUAGAAAAUACUUGGACUGUGUCAUUGCCUGCAAAUGAUUGGAUGGUUUGCCUGAGCAGAGACAGGUAGUGGGAUACAGUUGAUAAAAGUAAGGCAUUGGCCAUUUUCUUUUUCUUUUUUCAAAUGAAUGAAAUCGUCCAGUCGUUGUUUACUCUUACUAGUUUCAGCACACGUGUACGUCUGUCGUGGAUCAGAGGUCUUUUGAUGCCUUCAAAUUAAAGCAAUAUUAGAUUAAGACAUUUGAGUGAUUCAAGGAACUUAAAAGGUUUCUUAGAAGCAGGAGGGAACUGUGCACAUCAUGUGUGUGUGGUUGGGUAACUACAAAGGGGAAAAAUUGCGAAUAUCAUUGAACUGUUCGUGUUUACUUUUGGCUGACUUUUGGUUAUAUGUUUAGCCUCAUAAUGACUCGGGAAGGUUUUAGUUUAGACCAUCCUUUGCCUAUCAACCACAUGGUCGCCCUCUGUCUAUAUACCAACUAGUUAUUGCUUCCUUUGUUGAAACCUUCGCUAAUGAAUUUAAGUUGCUGAAUAAAUCAAAUUAAAGGAUCUGUGUGUGGUGCCCUGGUGAUCCCUGUGUGCAAGCUGGGCCACAGCAUGGUUCAAGGCUAACUGGACAAUGGAAUCUGCUUUACUAUAGAUUAACUUGGCUUUUAUUACACCUGGGUUACUAAUCAUACUCUAACACAGCCAAAGUGAGCUCUUAAAUGUUAAAGGGCAUAGCCUCAUGGAGAUUUAUCCUUUCCUCGGCUAGAAGAGAAACAAUUGAUCAGUAAUUCAACUUUUACAGUGAAAACUUCUAACCUCUGAUUUACCUUUUCCACAGAAAGUCAAAAGAGGAGUAUGAUGAGGAAAUGUGUAGGAGGAUGCGGUCAGAGGAAGAGGUUGGAUCCACCUCCAGCAGCUGCUCUGAUAAGCCAGUGUCAGAAAGCAGGGAAGCCCAUAAUGCCAUGACAGCUCCCAGCCAACACGGUAACACUGCCAAGGUGAGUCUCAAGAGAUCGAGAGCUGUAGGAGCCAAAUGAGACUUUGGAUGAGUCCAUUUAGAACCUCGUAGAGUAGUCCUGUGAGGUUUUCUCUGCAGGACGCACAAAGCUGGAGAUGCUAAUGAUUGGUGUCUAAGCCUGUGGGAGUAGUUUUAUCUGCCGUGUUUUUUUUUUGACAUGUCAGACAUUUCGUGUGUAGAUCUUUAGACUAUAUCUCCAUUUCACUUUAUCUGAUUUGCUAUUUUUUCCACGCAAAGGCCAAAACCAAGGUGAAUGGUGACAACAGCAGCACUAAUGGUCACCACCUCCCACUAGUGAAUGGACACACUGAAUCAAACCCGGUAACUGAACCAUGUAGCAAGAUUUUAACCGGUGACACAGUUACUGCCCAGUCUAAGGAUGCAUUCAAUUCAUAACACCAACUUAACCAAGAAACAGCAGUUUUUGUAAAUCCAAAAAUGGGGAAAAGGAUUUUCUCUGAUGCCAAAAUGUACAGGAUGCUAAAACAGUAUCAGCAUCAUGUUCAAAUCUGAGGUGCAUCCUUAGGGAAGAUAAUAACUUGUCACUUAAUUUCCUUCAUAGUAAACUUUUCAUGUAGAAGCUUUGUAGUUUUGAAUCUUAGAGUCUAUGUUGCUUCUGUGGUAUCAGUAGAAUAAACAGAUAAACAGAAUGCCUUGUAGGUGUUUUUGCUAUUUUACAUACACAAAACUGAUGUGAAACACAAUCUUUGGAUUUCCAGAGGUCCAGAAAGGACCCUCCUUGACCAGUUCAUGAAUGUUGCUUGUUGAAGUUGCUUGUUUUAUAGAUUAAGUUUCAAGUCCAAGUUUUCCCCCAGUCUUCCUGUGCUCAGAGAUAACUUAAAGUCUUCAAUGGAUCUGUAUGAAUUGUUGACCUUAUAGACUGUAAAUAUGGUUUAAACUAAGAAUUUUACUGCUGUUACCGACAUAACAAAGCACAUGUUCACGUCAUUACAUCUCCUGAGACAUUUUUCACAGUAGUAUUGGCAGUGUUAGUUCGCCUCCUUGUUUGUAUGUCCUGAAAUUGUUAAUGUGGCCUCCUCCUCUUCCUUCUCCUCUCUUAGUAUCUGAAUUUUCCACAUAUUGUGAAAUUUGUCUGCAUUGUCAGGUUACUAAAGCUGUCUCUGUUCAGUGCAGUGCUUGUAGCAUAUUAAUAACAUCUUUUGUAUUAAUUCCUGGGGGUCCCUUUUCCAGGUCAGCAGCAAACCUACAAAAAAAGAAGAAAGCAAGACAGCAGCUGCAGGGAGUGCAGCUAAGAGCAGCUCCACAUCUAAACCCAAACCAGGUAACUUAGAAAAGCUUUCCACGCAAAACUUUUCUUCAAUAUCCCUUUUUACUCUUUAUUGUGAUAAUUGCUAGUUAUCACAUUGUCACAAAUAUGUGUUUAUUCAGACAGUGGCAGUAAUGGUGUAGAGUCCAGAGUCCUCCCGGCAGUGAGAGCUCCUGUGAAGUCUUCUGAACCCUCCGCCAGCCUCAUUCCUGAAUCCACACGGCAGAGCAGCAGCAGCAGCCAGAGUACAGCCGAGGUGUGGCUGGAGGAGGCACACAGAGAGGCUGGCUUCACUAAGCCAUUUGUUGUAAGUGCAACAUACAGUCCAUACAGUCUGUGCUGUGAUUGCAAGUGUAAUACAGGUUACAUCUGGUUGGUCUGCUGAGACAAAUAUCAGAGUCAGGGUCCAAACCAGUUUUUAAAAAAUACAUACAUACGAUCAAGUGGAGUAAGACCUGUACUCCCCCUGUCUCACUUUCACCUCUCCCACUUGCAGGAGUUGACGACGUCUCAGCAGGAGGAGCUCCAGCAGAGGGCGACAUAUCUCCGUCAGCAGCGAGACAAGCUGCAUGCACUGAAGAAAGAACAGCAGAAAAGCAAGCACACAACCACACCAGUGGAGUCACCCGCCACCACAACCACAACCAAUACCAUACCGGUAAGUAAAGACUUGUUCCUGUUCUUUAGACACCCCCUUCAAAGUAGGUGAAAGGUCAGGAUCAGUCUCUUGACUGUUGAGGACAAUAUGACCAGAUCAAAUAAUAUUUUGCAGACUUGAUUUGACUUUCUUGAUAGUAUUUCCUCAUUUUUUUUCCACAUGCCACUAACAGCAGGUCACUGGAUGCUUCUUCCAGCUUCACAGUCGUUUUAUUUAUUUAACUUAAAAAAUCUAUGUAGACCUGGAAACACUGUGUUAGUGGUAGGGAUAAGGCCGUGUGGAUUCUAACAUCCAUAGCUAUUUUUAAACUUUGAAGUGUUUACUUAAGAUAUACACAGACUUACAAAUGAAAAACUUUACAAGUGCAAAUUAAAUUCCCUUUGUUGACCAGAGACCAGUAUAAAAAGAUUGACAGCAUGUGGGCUCCCCAUAAGUGAAGCCAAACGAUUUUGAGUUUUUCUUCCAGACUUGGCUGCAGUAUAGAUCAUAAAUCCUGCCUCCUUCAGUUGGCAAGUUUACAAGACGACUUCUGAUUACAUUACCAUAAGAAAAAUGGCCCAAUUCAAAUACAAUAGAUUUAUACAAACAUUAGAAAUUAAGAAGAGGAUGAUGUAUUUCUUUUGUUUUCUGAUUUAACAGCCUUGUGUGCAUUCAGUCAGACUGUAUCCUGUACAGAUUUGAUGUUUACGCUUAUGAUUUAUCUCUUCGUGACUUUAGAUCACUCAAGAAUGAUUUUAAGCAAGAUUAGCUAACAGGCAUGAUUCAGGUCAGAGGAUGAGACAAUGAUUCUUUUAGGACAUUUCUAAUAAUCACACGGUGACAACAGAGGUGACUAAUCCUCGCAGCAGACGUUCGGCUUCCAUCUACUUUAUUGUGUUGCGCUGCUCUGUUGUUAUGUUGGCAGACGAGACUGCAAUGAUGGCACGCUAAAAGUACAAUCACCAGAUCCAAUUAGAUCAUUCUCUAUGUAGACAGGCGGCAAUCAGAAAGUGGUUAUGUAAAGAAACCUAUGUCACAAUAGGUCACUGUGAAUACAGACAAUUUCACGUUUACCCUUACUCUAACUCUUUUCAAUCAUAAUGUUUAACAUUUGGGGCAUGUAUGUUUUUAAUUCAAAACUAGAUUUCUGAUUUUAUCUAACUCUAAGCCUUCUUGGUUUCUUUUCUUUUCCUUAUAACAACUUCAUUAUUUGGUUCAUGUUCAUUUCCCUCUGCUGUGUGUCUAACCUGGCCUAACUUAACCUAACAGGAGGCUAUGGGGCAGUCACAGAGGAAUGGGGCCUGUACCCCUCCUCCUCUUCCUGCUUCCACCCCAGCACAGCACUCUACUGCUAACUCCUCCAAACAGAAGGUGACCCAUUAGCCGCUCCUGUGCUCCUCAUGUGAACACGUGUGUUCAUGUAGUGAAGUGUGUUUCCCAUGUUUUGUUGUGUAGUGCUCCUUCUGCCUUCCUGAAACUUACACACUCAGUUUGUUUCUACUGAAAACACAGAGCGGCUGUAGACUGCAGUGAGAGCUCUUUGAAUGUUUGAAAGUCCUGAUUGAGCCAUAAUCCUCAAAUUAGCUGUUUUUGCCUAGUUUUCAAAACCCCACUUUUGUACACUUUUCCAACAUUACAUCUUUAGUUCGAUGUUGUGUUUAUUAUCUUCUCUCUGUGGUUGUCAACCCUCCUGCCUGGUCUGUUCUCUUCACAUAGGAGAUAUCAGCUGAGGAGAAGAAGAAACUGCAGAAGAGAAAGCAUCUGGCUGACAAGCUGAAAGAGGAAGUAAUCAAAAAAUAG